AUGGAAUAUUUCAUCCGUGAACAUUCUAUUGGACAUCCUGGGAAGGAGAUGGGGCAUCCUGAACAUCCUGGGAAGGAUAUGGACUCUCUUGGACACUCUGGGAUCGAGAUGGACUGUGACAGUCCCUAUGUAUGUGGCCAGUAUGACUAUUCUGCUGCACAGACAAGCGACUUGAACCAGCAUAUAGCAGCAAAGCACGGAGAAAGACCCUUUAAGUGUGAUAAGUGCGACUAUUCUGCAGCCCAGAAAUCUGCUUUGUUCAGACAUCUAGCAAAACACAAGGAUGAUCGCUACUUUUGUGUCGAGUGUGGGUACAGGACACCUUAUAGGCCAAUGUUAUCUCGACACAUGCGAACCCAUAAAGGAGAAAGACCCUACAAGUGUGACCAGUGUGACUAUUGUGCAGCACGGAAAACUGAUUUGAAGAAGCAUCUGUGCGACUUUUCCGCAGCAGAGAAGUCCACUUUGGACAGACAUCUAACAAAGCACACCGGUGAGAAACUCUACAUGUGUGAAAAGUGUGGGUUCAGGACAUCUCGAAAGUUUUCCUUAUCUGUACACAUGAAGACUCAUACAGGAGAAAAACCCUACAAGUGCUUGUGA